AUGUCGGGGAAUCGUUCAGGUUCUAUUGCCGACGACUGGCUUGAAGUCGAGAGCGCUGCGUCCGUCGUUUCGAUGGAUUCGCGGCCAUCGUCACCAUCCCCGUCCACUUCCCCGCAAGAGAUCUCUGCACCUGCACCUGCACCUGCACCAACGCCGCCAGUAGUCAUCGCGGCAUCCCACGGUGGCCCAUCAAAUCCCCCAUCACAGUUGCAGCUCCCUUUGCGCCCGAGAAAUAACACCAUCGUGUCGUAUAACGUCGUUCCGAUACGGCAGCCGCUCCCCUCGCAAGACUCUGAUGCACCCGAUACUAUCUGUCCAUCUCUAUCGUCACAAUCUGUACGGCCGCGGGGUGGUGCGGGGCAUGUAACAGAUUCCACUCUCGAGUCCAUCGCUAAAUGGCAGCGGUAUCAGCAUGAGAAGCUACUCCAAGAGUACAACGCAGACGUGGAGACCAAUGCUGCUGGUGAUUCCUCCACCAACCCGGAUCCAAGCGAUUAUCACAAGGCCUGCCAAGACGCCACUGCAUCUCUCGACGCUGUUGCCAAGCUAGCCAAAGACAUCGGAGGACGUGCAAUCUCUACAAUGAGCUUGAUUCGCUCGACGUGCAAGCAGCUCUGCACACAAACAGCUGAUCUGGGCAAGAUGCUGGAGGUCUACGCUCAACACUGGGCUGCCAAGGGAUCCAACAUGGCCUUGAUAGACAUUCCACUCAACCCCGACACUUGGGAAGCCCUGUCGGAGCUGAAGGAAGUUGUUCUGAAAACGCAGGAGACUCUUUCGAGUGUUGCUCCACCGGCAGACUUUGGCAGGCGUUUGACGGCAGCAGAUAUUCCGCUGAAUGCCAAUUUGGAGCUAGCUCGGGGUCUCGAGGCGUUGGAGGACAUUCGGGACCUGUUUACAGAAUUUCUGCCCAUCUUGAAAGCGGACUUUGACGAGUUUAGAACGAAGCACAUGGGCUUCUCCCCGGCAGCACUGCCCGAUCGGCCUCAUCAAAAGCCAAGCCAACCACCGAACCCCAAAGUCCGCCAGAUUCGCGACGAGCUCUACACCAUGAAAGACCACUUCGUCAUGAUCAACGUCUUCCUCUCCAGACUAAAAGACUCUUCCGCAUCGCCAAACGUGGCAGACCCUCUGGUCUUCAAAUCCCUCAAGCGCAUCACCACCGCCAUAUCAAAAGCGCUGACCAACAACCCUUCCGACUGGAUCGAGUCAGACAUGCAGUCGUCUUCUAGCAAGACCAUGUCGUAUGCUCAAUUCUUGACGCUGGAUCCUGAUGUUCUGAGCCAUAUUUCGUCGCAUCUACAGGACUUUCAGGAUGAGCUUGGUGUUGAUGCGAAGCCGGGAGAGGACGGGUGUGAUUUUUCGCAGGAGAUGAUUUAUAACCAUCAGGAGUUUAUGUUGUUGGAGGGUGGGCAGUUACAGCAGCUGCGGUCGGUGAUUGAGUUUACUGAGAGCAUCUUGAUGACGCAGGGCUAG